GCCUUGAAACAGCUGAGUUCCAUGUUUGUAUCUUGAAAUUGAGAGCAGAGCUGAACUCCAUGUUGUAACAAAGUUGCCAUUAAGAAACGAAACUUUUUUUUCUCCCCAAUUUUCUUUUUUUUCUAAUUAUUUUUUCUUUGUUUCUACAAGACAAAAACAACAAAACAACAACAACAAGGAAAUAACCUCGCGAUCGGCGCGCAUGAUGCAUUUCCUGAAGUGCUGUUAGGAUUGGUGUGGGCGCUAAGCGUGGGGAAUUUUGCUCGGCUGUGAGUGUGUAGGAGUUUAGAAAUUGCAGAAGUGCGGGAUUUUUGCGGGGCUUCAUGGACGCGCCGUCAUCCAUCAUCACGCAAGUGAGUCGGGAUGAAGAGCCGAGCGCUCCUCUGCGGGACAAAGGUGCUCCAGUGCAUGCGGCGUCAAACUCAAAGAAGCCACGCAACCGCGGCUUUUUCCGCAGUCUCUUUUGCUGCAUGUGUCAUGACGAAACAGAUCAGCUGCCCGUCAAUAACAACGCGCCGCUCCUGGUGGAAGAGAAUGGAACCAUCUCAAAAGUGCCUGCCAAGCCGCUUCUUCCGCAGAGCAAAUCUAAAGACGCGGGAAAAAUUUGCGUAGUGAUCGAUCUGGACGAGACGCUAGUGCACAGUUCGUUUAAGCCGGUGAACAAUGCUGAUUUUAUCAUUCCGGUGGAGAUCGAUGGGGCUGUACACCAGGUGUAUGUACUGAAGCGACCUCAUGUCGACGAGUUCCUAAAGCGGAUGGGCGAAUUAUUUGAGUGCGUGCUGUUCACUGCAAGCUUAGCCAAGUAUGCAGAUCCCGUGUCGGACCUGCUGGAUAAGUGGGGUGCCUUCCGCUGCCGUCUCUUUCGAGAAUCCUGCGUGUUUCACCGUGGAAACUAUGUUAAGGACCUGAGCCGCCUGGGCAGGGACCUCAACAAAGUCAUCAUCGUGGAUAACUCUCCAGCAUCAUACAUCUUCCACCCAGACAAUGCUGUCCCCGUAGCCUCUUGGUUUGAUGACAUGGCCGACACUGAGCUGUUGGAUUUGAUCCCGUUCUUCGAGAGACUGAGUAAAGUGGACGACGUGUACGCUGUGCUCAAACAGCAGAGGACUAGCAGCUAACGCGAUCAACGGGGGGCAGCUUUCACCACGCGGCCAGGGAGGCUGGCGGGGUUCGGAGCGCCACUUCCCUUCUACACGGGAUCAGCCGCCGGCUCCUCUCCUCUUUAUCACCUACCCAGAAUUCCAUUUUCGCAGGAGGUUUGUCAGAGAAACAGAGUUGAUGGAAACCUGGUAUGGCUAGAACGAUGGAACUGCGAAAGACUGCUUUCUCUCACACACACACACACACAAAAAAAAAGAAAUGUAUCAAUUUUUUAACACUUGAAUGUGUUAUUUCUUCUUUUGUAACUUUUUUCACUUUAAAAGGUAAGGUAGAGGGAAGCCCCAUUUAAACUGAUUAUCACUGAUUUUACAUUGAAAAAGGAUUUAUUUUUUCCUUCAAAGACCACAUAAUUGUGCUGAUUUUCUAGAGAAUCGUGGCAACAUUUUGGCAAGUAGCCUCACGUUUCACGGGUUUGACAUGCAACAAGGGCGUUUUAAAGAUCGGACGUUUUUUUUUUUCUUUCUAGGAGGAACUCGGAGAACCAGAAUUUCUCCCCAGGCAUUAUUAAUAAGGAGCCAAGGGAACUUAAGGAUUCAUUCCAAAACUGGGUGGGGAUCGAGCCAAAUUCUGGGCUGUCACCAAACAGAUGUGCAUUGUUAAGUGACAGCAUUCUGCUUACGUUUUUUUUUUUUUUGUCUACUUUCUUCGGUUGCGUGUAAGGGAUGCGACAUUCAUUAAUAGGCCGAUCAGACUGCAGUGUCUUUCUCUUCUGAGUGGAGAAGAAGGGUUAUGUAGAAGGAAACUCGUGUGUGGCGUGUGUCAUCCGUUUUCUGAAAUUAGAGAAUGCUCACAUUGUUUAUUAAAAGCUCCAAAAGACAAAAAGUUUUAGUACAUACUGAAGAGCUCCAAACUAUCAGUUCCCUUUCCUGCUUUCAAGAAGAUAAUCUACAUUAGUAAAUUCCUCAUUGGUAUCUGCAGGUUGUGUAAAGUGUGUCUUCGUAUAAGGCAGGAGUAUAAGACAUAGGAGUCGUAGUGAAACAUGAGUUGACUUGCCAGAAUGUCAACGUUGUUCUUUUAAGGCAUUUUUUGACCUAGUGAGGAUGUGCAGUAUCACCAGAAAUCACAUAGUAUACUAUGCUUUCUCUUAUUAUAUAUAUUUUUUUCCCUUAAAAAAAAAGCCCAAAUGUAAAUGGUUAUUAAUUCCUUUCCCUGGUUUUGACUUGGUAUGUAUGAAAGGGAAGCAGGAAGGACACUUUUGGUGAUGAGGGUGUAGAGUGGAUAAGGGGGCUACCUUUAAACAAAAUUGACACAGGGCAUGCUUUCAUUUCCUUCACUGAGGUGAAGUCAAUCUUAUGUACCCCAAGUGCUCUUUAUCGAAUCCAGUUUACACUGUGCAAAUGACCGAUUCAAAUUCAUAACCGUAAGCCAUUUAAGUAUAUAUUACUAAAAAGAAAAAAAGUAUUCUAAAACCAAUCUUUCCAGUCAAAGUGCAUUUUGUACACAUUAGAAAAGCGCCUUAAUUAUUAUUCAAACUGUGACACACUUUCUGGAGCGAGAACUCCAACUCGGGUGCCUUAGAGUCGGACAUGCAGCUUUCUCUGCCUAGCAAUGCCAAUGAAUGUGGACAUUCUAAAUUUACCUUAGCACUAUGGUCAGGUGGACUUUUUCGCAAGUGUUGACGCUGUGAUGUUUGACGAUGCGUUCGGACAGGAUAAUCAAGAAAAAGUAGGAGGACUUGAUUGCGACAAUGAUGAUGAUUCAGCUGUUUGUAACAUUGGUGUUUUGUCCUUUUUUUUUUGUUUUGUUUUAGAAUUUGUACAGGCAUGAUUAUGGUAGGGCCAUGCUGAUUUUCUCUACUUACGAUAAUGAGUUGUAGUGCUGCACAAAGCGAAAGAGAAACUGGCCUGAAGAUUUGAGUAAUGCUUCUUUUUGAAAAGCACAUCUGGUGUCUUCUAUUAUAUGUAUUUAAACUUGGCCUCGUAUUUGCUCACUGUUAUAGAAAAUCGCAUUGAACGUCUAAAUUACUCUAAUGUAUUUAUUACAUCAGUUUUUCUUUUAUACAAGUAGAGAGAGCGGUACUACCUGCGGAUUUGACAUUUUAAUAGGGCAAAGAAAAGAAGACUACGAACGAUCUAGUGGCUAAGCCUCCAGGUGCAUUUUUAAAAAAUAUAUAAAAUGUUUUAUUUACUGUAGAGGAUGUAAAAGUUCUCUCGGAAUGCAAAUAGUGUUGACGCAACGGCAAAAUUAAGCUAAAUCCCAUAUUUGACAUGGUACAUUCCUAAAGGCUUCAUCAAUCUCAUAGAUCCAUCUCACUGGUCUAAAACAGCGCUUAUUUAUUUUCCUAGCUUAAUAUAACCCGUUUCGCUGGUGUCCAAGUCUAUGCUCCCAACCCCCGGUUUCUUAAUAACAGUAGUUAAUGUAUGCUAAGUUUUUGUAACUGUAAAUCUCAGUAGGAGUCCGUGAUUGUUUUUAGCUCCUGAAGAUAUUGUCAUUGUAAUAAGCAGCAUUGAAGACAUAGCAGUGUCUUUUUUGUUGUUUUUUGUUUUUUAGCGCAGCACCAGCACCGACGUACACUCACAGUAGAAUAUGCAGCACAGCCCUAAUUAAAAGAGGGACAGAAUAUCUGGUCCUGUGUGUAUAAAACGUCUCAGGAUACCGCUAGUGAUUCAGGAUCCACCCUCCUCAAUCAGUGAAAGGUUUCUCAUCAGGGUAGAAAAGACAUGAUCCACUCCACAGGGUAUAGGCGCAAAAGUGGUUGUAUAAAAUCAGAUGUAUCCAUUGUCUCGAUUUGAUCUAUAAAAGUGUAUUAUAUAUCAGCAAUCCUGUUUUCAACAUUCUUUGAGUUUAACACAUAAGCCAGGUGUUUCCGUAUGACUCGUGAUUCGCUGACGUUUUAGAAGUUAUGUCUCCCCCUGGAGUUCAGUUGUAUGCAGUGUUUUAUGACUUUAUCACUACAGUUCUUUGGUAUGAUAUUGUAUGAGUCACUAUGCAAGUAAAACUGAUAAGCAAACAAUCAUCCACCCAUUCCUAUCAGCAAUUAUCAGUGACGCUUUUCUUUUCUGCCCUUAUUUUAAUGUUGAAACUUUUUUUUUUGUUUGUUUUGUUUUUUAAGAAAACAACUCUUCAAAAGCGUACAUUUGACAGCUCAGAAAAUUAACGUGAAACUCCAAUCAGGAAUGGGUUCUAGAUUCAGUCGAGUUUAGCUAAGAUACAAAAGCAUAGCGUAAUCAUAUUUACUGCCGUUUAGCCAAGUCCUGAUUUGAGUUUUAAGCGUCUGUCUGUAUUGAUGUGCUCAAGUACAAGAGUAACACGAUGUAUAUAGCCAUUUAUUUAACAUGUGUACCCAUCUGCUUUUUCAUUUGUUAUACUGUACUGUCCCCAUGCUUUACUACAUUUAAACAAACACCACAUUUGUCCCACACCUCUGUAUGUCUGGUAAUUUGUGUAGGUCAAAGCAAAUUCAGCAUUAAUGGGUAGAGAUGUUCUGUUUCCUUUCUUUCGUUUUGUGGAUUUUUUUUUUUUUUUUUUUUUUUUUUUGGAAAUAGGAAAGCCACGUUUAAAUUAAGUCGGCUGUAACCUAGUCUUGAAACUUUUGUAAUUAUUAAUUGUAUUUUACUGUACUGAAUGAGCUAUACCAUAAAUGAAACUGAUAGAA